AUGAGUAUAGAAUAAUAAUUACAAGAAGACGAUUAAUCUAAAAUUUAAGUAUAAGUACUAGAUCCUUAAGUAAAAGACGGAGGAAUGUAAAAAUAUAUUUUAUAUACAAUAAAAGGAGAAGAUUCUAAAGGUAACUUUGAAAUAUAAAGAAGAUUUAGUGAUUUUGAUAUGUUCCGUAAAACACUUUUAUAAAGAUGGCCUUCAUGUUUUAUUCCUCCAAUUCCUCCUAAAAAGGUUGUUGGGAAUAUGGAUAAUGCUUUUAUAGAAGACAGAAGAUUAAAUUUAGAGUAAUUUCUAAUUAGAUUGUCAUAAUUGUAAUAUUUAUGGUAUAAUGAGGAAACAUAAAUUUUUAUUCGAGAAAAAUCGGAACUUGACAAAAUUUUGGGUAAAUUAGAAUAAUAAACUAAUCAACAAAUUAUCGAAAAAUAUUAAGAAAAUUUUAAAUAAUUAAGCGGUAAGGAAAUAAAUAGUUCGAUAGAAAGUAAAAUAGAUAACUUUAACGUUUAUUUAAAAAAGAUAAAUGCAAUGUUAGAAAACUAUAAGUAAAUGGCCAAAAACGCAGUAAAAAGUAGAGAAAAAGAUAAUGAAAGUGUUUAAAGUUGUAUUACUUAUUUAUUACCAGAAUAUGAGAAUCAUUGUCUUUAAGAAUAUGUGGGUGUUCUAUAAGAAGGCAAAAUGAUUUUUUAAUAAAAUUAAGACGAGAAAUAAAACUAAAUGGUGGCUUAAUUUAAAGAGUUUUUAUAAAAUAAUUAACUUUAUAAACUUUAUGAACUAAUAAAACAAGAAUAAAGAGAUGUUAUGGCGUUUAUUGAGUGCAUGGAUAGUAGAUAGUAAUAUAUUUAAACUAAAAAUAAAUUAGAGUCUAAAUAAAAAGAUAUGAAGUUGGAUUAGUAAAAAAUUAUGGCUGGGAAAAGUACUUUAAAAAAUAUUUUCACAAAAAAACUAAAGAAGAGAAUAUCUAAUAUAUACAAAUUUAAAUUGAUUAAAAUGAAGCAGAACUAAAGUCAAUAGGAUUUAUUAUAGAUAUAUUUACAGUACUUUUAGGGCAUGUAGAAAUUGAUAAGUUUAAAGCGGAAAAAGAAUAAGUUUAUUAUUAAACUAUAAAAUAAGUCGCAAACUAUGAAGUGGAAUUUAACAAAUUUAAAGUUUAAUUUUGGGAGUAUAUGUUGUAGAAUAAUAAUUUAGUUAAUAUUUGAUAUGGUUUUUUUUUUAUAUUAUUUUCUAUUUAUUUUUUAUUUUUUUAAUAUUUAUUUUAUUUAUUAUUUAAAUUUUAUACAAUAUUAUAAAUAUUUAGUUUAAUAUUAUAUAAAA